AUGACGUACGUGUCGGUGGCCCGCCGGGAGGUGUUGCCAAGUUCGGAGCGUGACAAGGACGUGUUCAUGCAAGAGCAUACCGAGUUACGGGAGCAUGGAGGUGACUCGGAUAAUGUCCCUACACCCACGUCACGUCAGUUGAGGGAGGAACCUUCCGAAAACUCAUAUGUAGCACGCGGCGUGGAAGUAGAGGUCGAGACAGUGGCGACGGCAACAGACCAACGAACGAUCGACGACCACAGUGAGGUGUGGUUCCAGAACAGGCGCGCAAAGUGGAAGAAGCGCAAGAAGACGACGAACGUGUUCCGCACGCCGGGCGCUCUGCUGCCCUCCCACGGCCUGCCGCCAUUCGGCGCCAUGUCGGAUGGCCUCUGCUCGCCAGGCAUGUUCACCGGAGACUCGCGCUGGGGCGUCUCCAGCAUGGCGCCAGGACUGGGCCAGCUGUCACAAGGCGGCGUGUCCAUGGGCAGCUUCGGGCAGUCGAUAGGCCAGCUCAACCAGGGCUCGCCACUCGCGUCGGGCCUCAACUCGGGGCUGCCCAUCGCGUCCAGCAUGGCGUCCAACGGCUCCACCGUCUACCAGGCCCACUACGGCCUCAACACGCUGGAUCCGGUGUUCUACGGGCACGAAGGCAAUGACGCCCUCAACUGA